UCAUCACUGUACACAUGAAGCACAAUAUGGCACCUGCCAGCCGGACUGUUGUUGUGCUAGUGCUUUCCCUUCUUUACUUGUGUCGAGCAAUCUUUUCCACCGAAUAUUUCUCUACGCUUACUUUUUUCAAUAGUGAACUGCACAAACAUGGAUGCAGUUCGCCUUCGGAGUGGGAGGAAUACGCCGCCGACUGCGAAUCCUCCAUUUUGCAAUUGGAAGACCCAGACUGUGAAGAAGGGAGCAACCCUCCCUGUGAAUCGGUCUUCUCGCUCAAUGCAGAGAAGAUUCUGAGCCAGGCCAAGUUGUUCAUAGAACAGAAAAAAAUACCUUUCCCUGUGGAUAACCACAACACAAACGAAGAGCUUGCUAUAGGGUACGUGCUGAUCGGCAACGGCCUCUACGACGAAGCCAUCAAACACUUUUCCCUCUUGCUACAGGGAGAACCAGAGUUGGUCAGUGCCAUCUAUGGCAGAGGCAUAGCAUAUGGAAAGAAGAGUCUUCAGGACAUCAAGAAUGCAGACCUGGCCUUGUUCGAGCUCAGCCGGGUCGUCACGCUGGAGCCCAACUGGCCCGAGGUCUACGAGCAGAGAGCAGAGAUCCUAUCUCCGCUGGGCCGCAUCAGCGAGGCCCUGGGUGACCUGACCAAGGCCAUUCAGCUGCAGCCCUCAGCGCGCCUCUACAGACACAGGGGGACCCUGCUCUUCAUAUCAGAGGAUUACGUGGCCGCUAUGGAGGACUUCCAACAGUCUCUGGACCUGAAGAAGAACCAGCCCAUUGCCAUGCUGUACAAGGGCCUCACUUUCUUCCAUAGAGGCAUGCUAAAGGAAGCCAUAGAAACGUUCAAAGAGGCUCUGAAGCUCAAGUCUGACUUCAUAGAUGCCUAUAAGAGCCUGGGGCAGGCGUACAGAGAGCUUGGGGACUUUGAGGCGGCGAUGGAGAGCUUCCAGAAGGCCCUGAUGCUGAACCAGAACCACAUCCAGUCCCUGCAGCUGCGCGGUAUGAUGCUCUACCAUCAUGGCUCGCUGCGGGAAGCCAUCGGCAACUUCAAGCGGUGCCUUCAGCUGGAGCCCUACAACGAGGUGUGCCAAUACAUGAAGGGCCUCAGUCAGGUGGCCAUGGGCCAGUUCUACGAGGGUAUCAAGGCCCAGACCAAGGUCAUGCUCAACGACCCCCUGCUGGGCCAGAAGGCCAGCUCUGAAUACCUCAAAGUGAAAUACCUCAGAGAGUAUUCUCGUUACCUGCACUCCCACCUGGAUGUCUCGGUGGCCGAGUACAACGUGGACCAGGACCUCCCGGGGAACUUCAAGAACCACUGGGCCAAGAACCUGCCCUUCCUCAUCGAGGAUUAUGAGGAGCAGCCGGGCCUGCAGCCGCACAUCAAGGACGUCCUACCUCAACACUUUGAAAGCUACAGCAACGAGGUGCAGAAGCUCAUCUGCACCGCGGACCACCUCGGGGCGCUCAUGCAGUACAACACGCCGGGCUUCCUGCCCAACCGGAGAAUACACAGAGCCAUGGGCCUAGCGACCCUGGAGGUGAUGCAGGCCAUGCACCGAACGUGGAGCAACUCCAAGGUCCGGGUGAACGGCAAGACGCGGCAGAUGCAGUGGCGGGACAUGUUCGACAUAGCCGUCAAGUGGAGGAGGAUUGCAGAUCCAGACCAGCCAGUUCUGUGGCUAGACCAGAUGCCAGCCAGGAGUCUCAGUCGAGGCUUUAAUAAUCACAUCAACCUCAUAAGAGGACAGAUCAUAAACAUCAGGUAUCUAGCCUACUUUGACAACAUCCUUGACUUCAUUAAGGAUCGGAUACUAGUGUACCACGGAGCCUACAAUCCCAGGGGGCUGGUAGAGGUCCGACAAGCUCUGGAGAACGUGAACAAAGUGGAGGACCUGCUUCCUAUAAUGAAGCAGUUCAAUAGUAAAACCAGAGAUGGAUUUACGGUCAACUCCAAAGUACCCAGCAUGAAGGAUCCGGGGAAAGAGUACGACGGCUUCACCAUCACCAUCACGGGAGACAGGGUGGGCAACAUGCUGUUCUCGGUGGAGACCCAGACCACGGAGCAGCGGACUCAACAGUACCAGUCGGAGAUCGAGUCCAUCUACAAGGACCUCACGGCCAAGGGGAAAACCCUCAUGCUGUCCACCGAACUCGGUGACGCAGACGCAGUGUGCAACCUGAUACUGUCCCUGGUGUACUACUUCUGUAACCUCAUGCCGCUGUCCCGUGGAUCCAGCGUGGUGGCCUACUCCGUGGUGAUGGGGGCGCUGAUGGCCAGUGGGAAAGAGGUGGUCGGGAGGAUCCCCAAAGGAAAGCUGGUGGAUUUCGAGGCCAUGACCACCCCCAGUCCGGACGGCUUCAGCAAAACAGCCAAGAGCUGGAUGAAUCUUAAAAGCUUGCCAAGCUGGUACCAGAGUCUUCCGUCGGUAGCGGAGACUUUCCCGUCCAGUAGGACGAUGAUAGAGGUGCUGAACACGGACGCCACAACGCACUGUCCCAAGAAGUCCUAGCCCGGGUUCAGGACUCCACUCUCUCCCUCUCUUUCCCUCCCUCUGUCCAUCUCCGAGAAGAACAACCACCUGCAGCUCUGGUGCAGAACACAGAAGGGGAGGGGGAGGGAGGGAGGGAGGGAGGGAGGGUGUCAUUUGGUGCUUCCUAGGCCGUGCCUGGGACUUCAGGAGACAAAUACUUGUUCAUGUCGGGGUUGUAAUCCACCGCUUACACAGGCGUGCACACACACACAUACACACAGACAAACAAACACACACACACACACCACUUCGCCAAAAGUUACAAUACAGGAUGAAAGUUUUCCUUACGCAGUUCAAUCGUGUGUUUGGCUGUUAAGGGGCAUGCAAGAGUUGAAACAUCAUCGGUGCAUUUUUAUUUUAUUUAUUUCUCUCUCUCUGUUCCUUUUGGGGGCCCAGACACACGAUGCAGUAGGCAGCCCUCCAUACUUUACUGUUCCACACUCCAACCUAGAGCACAAUGGCAAGGGGGUUAUGGCAAACAAAACUCUUUUGUCCCUUUGGGAUGUAGUGGGCAGGCUUAACCCUCAAGCCCUUCUGUCUCUCUCUCUGUCGCUCUCUCGCUGUCUCUCUGUCUCUGUCUCUCUCUCUGUCCCUCUGUGUCUGUUUUCAUCCAGACGCACACAACUCUCUGUUAAACAUUACAUAUGACUUCACAAGCCAACCCUCUUAAGUUGCAUGGCCAAGACUGACAUUGAAACUUUUUGGAAUAUGCUAAAAUACUAUUUAACGUCCGCUAUGGAACAAUUUCUCUGCAGCCGUGGCUAUAAUUUAAUUGAGGGUCAUUCAAUCAUCAGUCUCUCUUAACACAAUUAUUGGUCUGGAAAAACAACACCUCUACCUCACUUGUGUCCUGCGUGAUGCCAAAAGCGAGGGCUGUAGUGAAAUUGUGCAGUUGUCGCAGGUUAAGGUUAAAAACCUCCUUAAGUUGGACUCAUUAAAUUGAAGCUAUUUGUAUGCAUCACCAUCACAGUGUAGGCCAAUGCUUUUUUUGGAUCGUUUUCGAAUUUGUAUGAUUGAUCUUUGUUUUUAUCUUCAUAAAUACUUAAGGGCCCCCAGACCAGAAAUGUAGUGUGCAUGCACUGCAUGCACACUACAUUUCUUCCAGUUGGACAAUUGAAAGAAAUGGCAGAUGGAGAUUUAAAAUACAGAGAGAGAGAGAUCUGUCUAUAUAAAUAUAUCUGAAAUACAACAUUGGGGUUUCUGUCUUGGCAUACUUGAAUUUCUUUUUAUUUUAUUGUAUUUAUAUAUUUUACGUUUUUUUUUGGUUUCUGGGGGAAGAGUGAGUGGCGGUGUAUAAGUUCCCAAUGGACAUCAAGCCAAUCAACCAAAGUCACAUAAAUGCUACUGACCUCCCAAGAAUAUUUCAGUAUUUGAAAUGCAUUUCGGCAUAUUUUAAAAGGGCCAUGUGCAAAAGCUUUAUACAAAUGAAAACAUUUUCAAAUGUUUUUUUGUAUUUGUAUUAUAUCUUGGACAUGGCAAAAGAAUUGUCACCCCCCCAUUUGGCAUGAAUGUCCCCUGUGGCUUCAUCCAUUCCAGAAACCAGUUAAGAAAAAUGCAAAUUGAAAUUUGUCAGUCACUUGCGAUGCGAUUAAGUACUCCAGGAUAUGUGAUAUUUCCGGCCAAUGGGAAUUUAGUAAACUAUUUGCUUGGAAGCAGAUGAACUUAAAAAUUGUGGUAACAAACAUUUUCAGAGCUUGAAAUUUGGGCCAAAAAAGGGUUUGGAACCACUGACUUAAUUGGUGGCUUUGUUUUAUUAAUUGGCAUAUAAAAGGCUUGGGACAGUUGCUGCCUCUCUUGAUAUCUUCCACUGAUGACCCAGAAUAAUUCCACUUUUUUUUUUAUUGCUUUUCUUUGUGUUACUUGACCUGAAAACUUAGCCCAAUAUCAAACAUGUUUUUUGGAAACAUGGAGCCAAUAGAGAGCAAAAGUUCUUGACCUAACCAGCACAAUUAUACACGUGAUUAGCCAUGCGCCCAAAUCUCUGAAGGUGGCUAUAUGAUUGGUCUACUUUGCUAUCAUUAUUUUAUUUUUAAUUUGACCCCCCCUGACCCCCCACAAAGUAUUCCUGUUAUUUCCCCCAUUAUUCAACUGUUUGAUAUUUAUUCGGUCGGUUGGGGAGUUUCUCUGUCUGUUAUUGUCCUCGUGCUCAAAAGGAGGAAUUUGUUUAAGCUUUCGAACAUCGGGAGGACUGAAGUUAUAAAUGCAAAAAGCGGUGGAUGGAGGUGUACAGCAGCCAAUAAAAUCGGUUUGACAAAAUGAAGGAGUCAUACAUUUUAUUCUUUAAC